UGGCACACCCACUAUUAUGUUGGUCAAAAGUAAUGACGAAGAAGAAAUGACCGGGCGCAAACAUGGCGUCUGCCUUGGACGAUGAUGAGAUAUCCAGUGAUGACUACUAUUCCCUUCUAAAUGUUCGGCGAGAUGCAACACAAGACCAAUUGAAGGCAGCGUACCGGCGAUUAUGUAUGUUAUACCACCCAGACAAGCAUCGAGAUCCAGAACUAAAGCGACAAGCAGAGCAGCUUUUCAACCUUGUACAUGAAGCUUACGAAGUGCUCAGCGAUCCACAGGCACGGGCAAUCUAUGAUAUUUAUGGCAAGCGCGGACUUGAUGUGGAUGGAUGGGAGGUGGUGGAGAGAAAAAGAACUCCUGCAGAGAUUCGAGAGGAGUACGAGCGUCUUCAGAAGGAGCGAGAGGAAAGGAGACUGCAGCAAAGGACCAACCCUAAGGGCACAAUUAGUGUCGGCAUUGACGCCACAGACCUCUUUGAUCGUUAUGAUGAGGACUAUGAGGACAUGGUUGGUGGCAGCGUCCCACACGUGGAAAUCAACAAGAUGCAUAUAUCACAAUCCAUAGAGGCCCCACUUACCACAACUGAUACGGCUAUUUUGUCUGGUUCUUUGUCCACACAUAACGGAAAUGGAGGCGGCACUAUCAACUUGGCCCUGAGGAGAGUCACCUCAGCUCAGGGUUGGGGCGAGAUAGAGCUUGGCGCCGGUGACACACACGGACCUCUCUUUGGAAUGAAGAUAUUCCGAAAUUUGACUCCACGCCUCUAUGUGACAGCGCAGUGUGGCCUCCAGUUUUCGUCCCGAGGUGUGCGUCCUGGCAUCACCACAGUGCUGGCUCGUCAUCUUGACAAGAACACAAUGGGUUACCUGCAGUGGCGUUGGGGGAUUCAGUCCUCCAUGAACACCAGCAUAGUCAGGGACACCAAGAGCAGCAAUUUUACAUUUGCAGUGCAGCUCGGCAUUCCACACACUUUUAUGAUGAUGAGCUACCAGUACAAGUUCCAGGAUGAAGACCAGACAAAAAUUAAAGGCUCCUUAAAGUCCGGUUUCUUUGGGACGGUGCUGGAGUAUGGCGCCGAGAGAAAAAUCAGUCGACACAGCAUUUUGGGGGCCACGGUCAGCGUCGGGGUGCCUCAAGGAGUCUCACUCAAGGUCAAACUAAACAGAGCCAGCCAGACGUAUUUCUUCCCUAUUCACCUGACUGACCAGCUCCUGCCAAGUGCCGUGUUUUACGCCACAGUUGGACCACUGGUCUUCUACCUCGCCAUGCAGCAACUCGUUAUCCGGCCGUACGUGCGGGCCCAGAAGGAACAAGACUUGGAGAAGCAGCGCGAGAGCUCAGCCUCUAACAUAGCCAAGAAGAAACAAGAGGCAGAGGCAGCGGUCUUGCUCAUGCAGGAGUCAGUGCGGAGGAUUAUUGAAGCCGAGGAGUCUCGAAUGGGUCUCAUCAUCCUCAAUGCCUGGUACGGCAAGUUCGUGACUGAUAACAGUCGAAAACACGAGAGGGCAAAGGUAAUUGACGUAAGCGUGCCCCUGCAGUGUCUGGUGAAAGACUCCAAACUCAUCCUGACUGAGGCUGCAAAGUCAGGGCUCCCUGGUUUCUAUGACCCCUGUGUAGGGGAAGAAAAAAGCCUAAAGGUGCUGUAUCAGUUCCGCGGUGUCAUGCAUCAAGUCCUGUCAGGAGACUCUGAACCACUCAGGAUACCAAAGCAAUCACACAGGAUUGACACAGACACAUAGGAGUUCCUGUGCUGACCAAAAAAAAAAAAAAAAAAACACAACACAUCGCAGCUGGGAAGACGGAUUUGUCUGUUUUAGAUAUGACAGAGAACCCCUCCACCCCAAAAAAAUCUACAUAUUGAUCAGUAAAGAACGUGCAGGAAGGGAAAUAAAGCAUCGCAAACGAUAUUUGUGGACACAUUUGAAAUGUGACCCUGAAAUCAUUUUAAGAUCUCUAAGGCCUCCUCAGGCUGCAUUUACUCUUACUGAGGCAUGUCUUUUAUGAACACUUGAUUAAGUUGUUUAACAUUGCAGUGCCUAUGUGAUUUAAAAUAAUUGCACCAGUUUGUUUGCCAUUAAUUUAAAAAAACAUUUAUCCAUUAUAUGUAAUUGUGCAUCUUUCUUCUUCUUAUCGGUCAAUCUUUCAACAAAUGGAUUUAGAUGUUGAUGAAUGCACAGGACAGUUGGAGUUCAAUAAAACAAAUUAUUUUCUCCCCCAAUACAAAUGAAAAUUCAAAUCGGGUAGCUGGUCAUCUCCUCUUGGAUUGUCAGUAGGGUUGCCAACUGUCCCUUGAAAAAUGUGUAAUAGUCUGGUAUUCAGAAACAAAAGUACAUGUCUCGUAUUGAGCUUUCAAGGGACAUGCUUUUCCCUUGUUAUCAUCAAACUCGAAAAUUGUGUCUUAUUUGUACAACGACCGAAUACUGAAAAGGUGCUUUACAACAAUAUGCAGGGAAACGCAUUCCCUCGCCUAUCCUGCUUUUUGACCAAUGAGCUGACGGAACAAUGACUAUACAAAAUCCCACUCAUCUCAUUAGUUGAGCUACUGUCGUUAACGGAAGACAACUUAGAGUGUGGGAUGUCUUUUCUUGUUCUUCUUUGUGUACUCCAGUUUCACUAAUUGUAUUAUAUUUUUGUGUUCUGUCAAAUUCAUUAUAUUUGGAGUGAUCAUUUGUGAAAAUGUUAUUUCUGGGGGGACUUUGAACGCACCUGAAUUGUUAAAAGAAAAUUAAAAACGGACACACAUCAGGGCCUUAGGCGUUAAAUUAUACAAUUUAAAAUUUAGCAGGACAGAUUUAAUUCUAAUAUAUUUUCUAUUAAAAAUACAUUGCUGAUAA